GCGGUGAGCCGAGGCGGCGGAGAGAGCUGAGCAGCCCGGAGGAGCAGCGCCGAGCAGCCGCCGGAACCAGCGAGACACCCGGGCGGGUUGAUCUGUACCCAGUGUUCCGUCGGGGAGACAGGGCAGGGGGGAGGGCUGGGGCCGGGCACAGGAGAAUGAGACAGCCCUCUGAGCGGAGGGGGCGACAUCAUGAACGGGGCCGUGUACAUUUCGUUUUUCCAGGGCCAGCUGGAGUCCGUGCUGGAGCAAGUCGUUCAGCUCGCCGUCCAGGAAAUAAGCAAGACGGUGGGCUCCAGCCUGAACACGCUGCUGCUGGAGACUGCCGUGAAGGAGCAGGAAAACCACCGGCUCCGGCUGCAGCUGCAGUCACGGGAGAACCGGGGCCGAGCCAGCGCCAACCCCGCGGACGGCGGCGGCGGGUCCCCGGUGGCUGGUAAGAACAAGGCUGGCAAAGCAGCGGGCGACGAGAAGGCGGACAGCGGCAGGACAAAGCCCGAGCAGCCGCAGCAGCAGCAGCUCCACGCCCCCGGAGGGCAGGGCACCGAGCCCGGCGUCCCCACCGACACACGCCGCCUGGAGCAGCGGGGACGAGUCGUGGACCAGCUGAAGUCGGUGAUGGAGCAGGUUCUGGACUUCGCGGUUCACGAGCUGACGAAGAUCGUGGAGGCUUCGUUUGACGACCUGCUGCUGGAGAUCACCAAGAUGGAGAGGGAGCAGCGGGUCCUGGAGGAGAGGCUGGACAGGAGCUCCGACAGAGGAGGAGGAGGAGGAGGGGAGAAGGGGAGAGGAGGAGGAGGAGGAGGAGGAGGAGGAGGAGGAGCUGGGGGGAGGAGGAGAGGCUCAGAGAACGAUUCGGUGUCCCCCAGCGGCUCUGAGGACGCCCGGGAGGAGCUCACAGAGGUCACCGUGUCCAAAGAGACGGCGGAGACAGAUGACUCGGAGCGUCCCCCCGUCCUCUCGGUCUCUCAGGACUGGGUCCCCAUCUUGGACAAAGUCUUCGGUCAGAAGUGGUGCAGUGACGUCUGGCAGAUCAAGGAGCUCGGGGGAGGAGGAGGGGGAGGGGGAGGAGGUGUUGGGCGGAGUCUGGGUGAGGGCGGGGCACAGCAGGCAGCACCUCUCUCCACCUCCUCUGUGACCCUGGAGCCCUCCCCCUCCUCCCCCCAGCAGGACCCCCGCUGGACUCCUCUGGAGGACAUGGAGGUGUUUUCUCCUGAUGAGGACGCUGCAGACGGUCAGGGGAACGCCGCCACCACGGGACCCCCACCUGGACCCUCACCUGGGCCCCCCCUCAGCCCCACAGGUCCUUCAGGUCGUCGCUCCUCUGCCUCGAUGCUUCAUCGUCUCCUGACUCUGCCGUCUCAGCUGCUGGAGGACGACGACGAGGAAGCUGCCGCCAAGGAGACGCUGGCAGCUCUGGCACUUGAAGGCGCCAUCGACCGCAGAGACGGCGUCGAACCGCCUGGCCGGACUUGCCUGUCACCCUUGGCAACCAGGGAGGAGGAGGGGGAGGAGGAGGAGGAAGAAGAGGAGGAGGAGGACAAAGGGAGGAAGAAGAAGAGGCGGAGGGUGUGGUCGGAGUGUGAGGAGUGCGGUCGGAGGUUCAGUCGGAUGUCUCUCCUGAAGGCUCAUCGCCAGACUCACGUCGCCGAAAACGCCGCCGCCGAAACCUCGUCCCCUUCGUCUCCGCCCGGCAAUACCACCUCGGCUUUACGCUGUUCGGACUGCGGGAAGAGGUUCUCCUCGGCAACCCGCCUCCACAGCCACGCCCGGACCCAGCACCCCGGGAACCGGACCUGAGCCGGUCCUGAACCCAGCGGGGAUGGAGCGGGCGGUCGGGGUCACCUGGGCUGAACUGGAAAUAGAAACGGGAACAAAGGAGCUUCAACAGAAUCCAACAAAUCUGAACAAAGAACCAGAGGAGGAUCCACAGACCUGAGACCAGACCAGAGCCACAGACCAUGAAAGGGAAACGAAUCGAACACACAGACGUCAGACAGGUUUUAGACUCAAAGAUGCUUUUAUUCUGAAACACAACAGGAAGUCGACUCCAGGCAGAACUUCAUCAUCAGGCCUGAAAAUAAUUUAUUUAUUUUAACAUUCAGUCACCUCUCCAUCAUUUAUUAUUAAUCAGUCAGUGUGUGAGAGACUGAGCCACACUUUCCUUUGAUUAAUGAUUGAAAUUAAUGAUCAGUUAUCGAUCAGUCGACUUUAGUAGCAGCACUUAAAACAUGAUGAAUACAAAGAGAUUCGUUCAUAUGAUUGAUUUAUUUUUGUAAACGUUUUAUGAAAUCAUUUCAGACAAUAAGAAAAUAAUUUUUAUUGAAUCACAGAAACUGAAAAAGUUUCACCGAACAGGAUUAAAAACAAAGUUGAGCAGAACAAAAACAAACAACGAUCAAUAAAAUGUUUGAUAAAGAACCUGAAAACAAAAAGAGGAAAUUAAAAGAUGUAAAAAUAAAGAUUUACUCCAGAUUAAAAAGGCCUCACGUUAAAGAAUCUGUCUCUCGUCAUCGGUACCUGAUGGCCAAUUAUCUCUGGAGGAAGGUCACAUGAUCAAUUAUCACCAGACGCUUCUGAUUUGGAUCCGUUUCCAUGUCGACACCGAGACUCACAAAGUUCAGACGCUGAUGAAUCUCUUGCUGAACUUUUAUUUUUAGGAUCAAAACAUUCAGUUUGUGACGAUAAUUUAAAACCCGAUUUCCUCCUCCAGAUUCGCUCAUUUCACCGCACGUAGGAAAUUAAAAUGUGAUGACAGUUUGCUGUCGACCAAUGAGAUCAAAGCUCAGCUGCAACGUCCUGAUAUCAAAUAAUCAGCUCUGUUUUUGAGUUUGAAACUGAUAGAAAAUAAUAAUUCUGAAUGUUUUUUAAAGUCAGAAUUUUUACUUAUUAUUUCCAAAGUCUGUUUUUAUUUCUGUGAUUCCUAUUUUUUUUUUCUUUUCUGGUUGGAAAUUGGAUCCAUUAAUGAACCAGAUAUAAAUCAAAGAUCAAUAUUUAAUAAUGAAUUCUGUCCAAAACCCCCAAAAUUGAGUUCAUAAGGAAACAAAGGCAGAAAAACAACAAACAAAAACAAACAGAUGUUUUCUGCUCAGUUCAUCUGAUAUGUACGGAAGCCCAGUGGUGCCAAGGAGAAGGGGAAAUAUAAACUCUCAUUUUAAGUCAGAUUUUUGCACAAAUGUUUGAUUUCUCCUGAACAAAAAGAAAAUGGCAUCAUUUUCUUGUGAAAUUACUCAGCGUUUCGUAAUUAUAAUGCGACACGUAUGAAGUUAUUAAAAUCUAAAGACACCGAUUCAAAGGUUUCAGGUUCUUUAAAAUAAUUUAAACUUUAAUUACAAAUGUUGUGAGCUGAACAGAUUCAAUAAGAGAUUCACAGAUUUGAAUUCAUCAAAAUAUUUUUAAAAAAAAAUAUUUUAGACUCUGGACCUGAUCAACUCGUCUGAGUGGAUUUAAUCAAACAAGUGAAGACGGUGAAAUAAAGAAUCUGACUGGAGGAAGAACUGACGAGGAGGCGUCACAUCGAAGGGAAAACACAACAGACUCCUCCUGCUGUACAUCCUCCUCCUCCUCCUUCAUCCUCUUCAUCCUCUCCUCCUGUAAAAUACCCUCGUGGCGAGGGAACGAGCUCCAGCUGCUGCAGGUGAGGUUUCUGUUUUCACGAUGAGGUGGCGGCCGCAGCAGUCGGACAGUCGGAGCAUCGUUUCCUGUUUCCUGUUUCCUGUUUCCUCUCUGGUGGUGAUGAUCGUGGUUUUUUGUUUCUCGUGUUGGAUAUGUGAAACGUGGACUCGCAGGAAGAUCGACUUUUCUACCUGUUUGUUUUUAAAGUGCCCUUUUAUGGUUUUCUCUCAAGAAACAGACAAACAGUUUAUUUCUCUGUUUUUAUUAAAUGGAAACCAUUCUUGGAUUAAUACGGAAGCCCAGAGAGGCCACGCUGCAGUUUGUCUUUGGAGUCUCAGGAUCAUGAGUCAAGUAUUUCGUUAUCCCGAGAUAAAGAAGCUUAUUUUCUCAUGACAUCAGAAUUAUUUACAUUGAUUCUGGAGGAAACAAACGUCAGAUUUGUGGAGACAACGAAAACAUGUUUACUUAAGAUCACGGACCGUCGUUUGCAGAAACCCUAUAAUCCCAUGAGCUCGCUUAAAAAACAAAACUUGCUCUCGUCACGUCAACACAUCAACCUUUUGUUUCCUCAAGACUCGACACAAAUUAACCCGUUCCCGAUAACUGCAUGAAAAAUAAUUGCAUGUGUGGCCGUUCUGGGCUUCCGUAGGUCAUCGUCAGGUGAAUUUUUGUCGUCAGAUUUUACAUUUAUCGGAUGAUCUUUGAGGAUUCUGUCCUCGCGUCACUACUCUGUAAAAACACGAACAAAGGAAGAAAAACUUCGUCAGUGGCAUCGAUAUAUUUGUUUUGGACUUGUUGAAUGUGAAUCUGAGCAGUUUGUAUCCUUUUUACGUUUGUACAGUUUUUACUUUCAGACAGAACUGAUGAUGAUGAUUAUGAUUAUGAUGAUGAUGAAACGAGAGCAAAGAGAAAGAGGAAGGUUUUUAAAUCUGUGAUGGUUUACUCCUCUGCCUCCUUCUUUCUUUACUUACAUCCUUCCUUCCUUCCUUCAUCCCUCGUUCUUGGUCCGGUUCAGUAACCUCGCGUUAACACACAGAUACCUCCGUAAAACACAAACACAACCGUGCACACGUUUUUAUUUGUUUCUCUGGCUCAAACUAAUUAAUGUUUUCUUUACAUUAUUUAUUCUGAUCCGUAUGGAAGCCUGUUACUGCCAGACAAACAAACAAAUGUAGAGCGAUGUUAAGAGUAGGAAAUAUAAAAACACUCCGCGACUAAAAGUUUAACGUACACAGAUUAAUUAAAGUUGGAGAUGUUAACACGGACCUCGUGAUGUGUAAUUACAAGAUGAAAAACUUUUUGAGAUAUUUUACUCCAAAUUAUUAAGUCUUUUUUUUUUUAGAAUAAAAUGAAUAAGAAUUAUGAGGUAAUAAAUUUAAAUUUUUAUUUAUUUCAUCAUUUUAGUAUUUUAAGUAUAUUUUUUUAUUUGUAUGAUUUUUUUUAUCAGCCUCCAUCGAUGUAGCAGACAUGAAUCAGAAACAGAUAUCUGUAUUUAGGUCUCAGAGUCAAACUGUUCGUUCAGUCUGUCUGGGAAAAAAAAAAAUCAGUUCAUUAAGAUGAAACAGAAAAACACAACCGCACGUUUUCUCGUUUUAACUUUUUUUAUUUUUUUUAAUCUACUGACGAUGUUUCUCUGGCCUCAAUUAUCAAGUUUUUUUUCUUUACUUAAAUAAUUCGAUCUGUAUGGAAGCUCACUCCUGCCAAUGAAAGAAAAAAAAAAAAUUUUUUUUUUAUACAAAAAAUAUUUUGAGAAAUGAAUGGAAAGAAAAAUAUUAAAUUAUGAGACGUAAACAUUUUUCAACACAUUAUUUCCCUACGAUACGAUAUUAUCACAAUACGUAAGUCACAUUCAAUAUCAUUGUGAUUUUUACCUUUAAGUGAUAUACUGAGUAUUGUGAAAAUGUAUGUUUAUUAUCUUUUUUGACUGCAAAUUUUAACCCCAAAGAAAAAUCUUUGUCAUCUGUUUUAUUUUAUAGGUCAAAGUUUUCAGUUUGUUCACCUCACUGUAAAAGAGUUUUUAACAAAAAGUUUGCUAAUUUGUAUUAGCAAUAUUAAUAAUUAAUAUAAUGUAAAAAAAAAAAAUACAAGAUUGUCAUGCAAAAUAUUGCGAUACUUUGUUGUACUGAUUUUUCCCCACCCCUAAUUAUUUCAUAUUUUUUUAUCAUCCCUACCUUUGCAUGCGGCAGAAAUGAGCUUCCAUUGAGACAAAAACGAGACAAGUAAAAGUACAAAACAAUGACAAAUAUCUUCAGAGUUUAAACUUGUGUCUUUAAAAGCUUCACUCAUUCUGUCCAAAAACUCGCAUCAAAAACAGAAAAUCUGAAAUAAUGAAAAAUGAAUCUCAACGGUCCGACACGCUCCGGACUACGUACAUAUCCUGUCUGGUUUUUAUUGAAUCAUUCCGACCUUCGUGUUUGUGUUCAGAGUCUCUGUCGUUCUUAAUCCUCUGUGGCAUGGGUGGUGCAGGAGGCGAUGGAGGGAUGGUGACGAACAGAAGGAUCAGAAAACAGAUCAAUGUCAGAAUAUUCAUGUGUCCGUGUUGUUUCUGCGCCGCGAUGCUUCAGCAUGAUCAGACGUCUCCAUCGUUUUUACGCUUUGUAAAUGUGCAAACUCAAACUUUUUCUAGUGAUUCUGUUUUUACUUUGUUUGAACAAAAAAAGAAAUCGAAGCAAUAUGAAGCCAAAACUCUGCUGAGCGGCCGGAGUUUGAUUUGCUGUGGAGGAGAGUCGUUCACAUUCAAGACGAUGUGAAACAAAAAUCAGACCACCGAUUAAAAAUAUCAGGAAUGAGAAAAAAAGGUGGGUUUGAUUUUGGUGCAUCAUGAAAUUGAUGAUUAAUAAUGAACUGUUUAAUGUCCUGCCGCUGAGCGCUGCUUCGAUAACUAAAGCUAACUGUCUGCUUCGCUAACAUCUGAAUUACCCAACCACUUUUCUGCAACUGCCGAGCGCCUGGCGUUGAUCUGAUGUGUUGCACUUUCAGCCUCCACACGUCUUCACAUACCUCAUUUUAUUUCUCUUGUAAAACAUUUCAAGUGUUUCCUUUGUUACUUUCCACACAGACCUCAUUACCUCAGUAGAUGUACGGCAUUGAUAUUUGACUACAAUAAUGUGUUUUGAUUUUUUCUGUGUUCAUUUUGGAUGCGUCUCAGCUUUAAAAAAAGAAAAAGGAAAAAAAACGUAGCUGUCACGUAAAAAAAACACAAAACUGCAAAAACACAAACUUCUCAGGUCUAAAAAUAGAGUCUGUUAAGAUUAUGAUUUUUUAUUUAAAUAAAAAAAGUAUCGUCUUUCAGGACUAACGUAGGUAGUUUAACAAGUUUAUAAGAGCCCACCAGGACACCUCAAGAUACAGAAGCCCAUUUAUGCCAAGACAAAAUAGGAAUAUUAAAAAUCAAAAUACUUAUCAUGUUGGGUAAAACUGACAAGAUACUGAGUCAAAAUAAUAACUUAAUUGUCAUUAAUAUGCAAUUAAGUUAAAACGUUAAGUAUUAUUUUUAAUAUAUUGAUUUUUUUUUUAGGAAAUUCUUUUACUUAUAAUUUUGACGUAAAGAAAAAAAUUUGAAAAGUGAUAAAAUUUCAGAGUCAUGUUUUCCAGGCCUGGAAAGUCAUGGAAUUAGUAAAAAUAAUUAAAAGUUUUGAAAAGCCAUUAAUUCUUCUGUGAUGAAACUGUUACAGUAAUCUUCUGUGGAUAACUUUCCAUAUCGUGUAACAUUACGGUAAAUUAUUUUCUGUAGCUGUUGAUGUAACGUAGCUCUAACGUGUCGAUGUUUACAUCUCCCUGCAUUCCGUCUCCUCCGCCAUGUUUGCCUGCUAGCUGAAAUUAUAGUUGAAUAAAGUUUGAAUCUGAAAAACAGUUAUUAUAGAUACUUACAAAGUUACGGAACAGUUUGUGGGAAACCUGAUUUGAUUCUUUGUCAGAAUUUUGACUGUUUUGGUUUCAUCAGUUCCAACAAUCUUAUUUAGUUUCGUUUUCUUGGCCUUAAUGAGCUUCCGUACUGAACUGUAACAUCUGGCUGAUUUUUCUGAUUAUUUCAUGAAACAUGAAAAAACAUUUGAUGUUUUAACUCUUUGAAUUCUCAUCGCUCGUUACAACUUUGUAGAGCACUUUUCAAAUUAAGACGUGAAGCACUUAACAAAGAUGAAACAAACUAAACGCUAACUUUAAGGGAAGAUGCAAAUAAAAACUAAAAUGAGAUGAAAAUCUAAAAGUGUUAGAAUGAAAUAAACAGAAAAUAAAACAUGCACAAAAACAUCAAAUGAAAUCAUGAUAAAGAAAAAUCAGGUGAUUCCAGAUGUUUUUCUUUCUGAACCAAAAAUGCACAACACAUCUGCAGUUAUGUGGUUUUUACAGGACAGCAGCUGCUUCACUGCACUGUGCACAGAUUAGAAAAUGCUUACUAUCGGAGGAUAACCUCGUAUCUCCUCGUAUUGCUGCCUGGUGUGAACGCUGCACUGAACCAGGUGAACCAGGUGAAACGCACACCUGCAGCACACACAACAGAAAAGAUCCAUCACGGUGGUGGUUACGAGGUUUUUCUCCCGACAGCAUCAUCCUCAUGUGACUUGCUUAACCAAUCAGCGAUCCUCCUGUUGUUGUUUACAAAGCCAUAGAAGAAGAGAAAUGUGCGUCUGAUUGAAAACUCAGAAAGGGAAAAUUACGUACAAAUAAAACCAAAAAUCAGGAAAUCAGGCAUCUGUAGAAAGUAAACUGAUUUCAACAUCAAAGUCAAACAGAAAUCCUGAAAGAUAAUAAAAUGUUGUAAUUGAUAUAAUAAAGGGACCCAAUUAAUUAAUACUGAUAUAAAUGUAUUUACCUUUUUGUGUUCUGACGUUAAGAUUAAGAUCUUUGUUCAUUACAAGAAACAGAACGGUGUCGUUGACAUAAAAAUAAGAUCUUGUGAUUGCAAAAACUACAAAGGUUAAGAUACUGUACGUUUAAGAAAUCUGAAAAUCUUGUGGUUCAGCUGUUUGUAGUUUUAUACUUGUGAAAAAACAUUUUGUAAUUUUUUCAAAAGAAACAAGAUUUUUAUUUUUUACAACUUUACAAAUUAUCAGAUUUUUUUCUUGUCAGAGGAGGAACAGAAUUAUGAGGGAUGAACGAAUACAUUAUUAUCUUUAUCUGUUUAACAAACUAAAUUAUCUGUAUCUGUACUUAUAGUGGGCGGGGUUUAUUUCAGUGUGGGUGGUGUUACAAUUUGAAGUGGGUGAGGCUUGAUCCGAAGUUCUUAUUUAAGCCUGAAAUUGACAUGGGUUGAUCAGUUGCUGUGUUAAUUAUUUAUUUUUAUUUCUUGCGAUCUAAUAAUCUAAUAAUUAUGAGAAAAUUAUCUUUUUUGUAAAAUUAUACAAGAUUUUACAAGGUGAAAAUUAAACAUAUUUUUUCUUGUCGUAACAAGAUGCAGAAUAGGGAUGCACAUUAACAUGAAUUAACAGAAUUGGCCAACAUGCCUUCUUAUUGUGCACAAUGAAUUGAUAUUACAGACACUGAAGAGACUUGAUCUUAAAAAGUGGAUAUAUCGUUAUCGGUUGGCGGCCAAAUAAGAUGUUAUAUAUCAAAUAUUGGCACAAAAAAAAAAUCCAAUAUCGUGCAUCCUUAGUACAAAGUCAUAAUCAGUAGGGAUGAGCAAGUACACCCUUGUCUAUAUGUGUCUGUCCGAAUUUAAACUACAAGUGGGCAGGGCCUAAUCAGAAUUUCUUAUUUUAACCCUGACAGUGAUACGAGUUGAUCAAAAGUGAUCUAACCAUGUGAUCUUGUAAUUAUGAGAACAUUUCUUGUAUUUAAGUGAUGCUAAAAUAAUCCUGACGAGAUUAAUUUCUUUUGUAAAAAAGAAUCUCACGAUCUUUAUGUACUAAUUGAGAGUUACUGCACUGAAAAUUGAUCUUUUUGUUAUUAAGGGACACUAAGUCGUGUUCAUGCAACAUACAAAUUUGAGACUUGUAAUCAAGACUUUCAGAAUUAUCAGACUUUGAUGAAUGCACUUUCCACCAGACGCAUUUUUCUCCAAACGUUACUUUAAAGGCGGACGCUGAAGAAAUUCUGUAUAAAAUGUCACACUCCAUAUUAUUUUCAGCACUGAGACGCAUUCAGACGGCAUUCAUGUGUACAUAUCACAGAGCACAUUUCUACUCCUGUGAUUUUUACUUCACAGUUUUCUGAAAAGUGGUUGUGUGGUUCCCAUGUGGAGAGAAGAUGAUGUUUGAGUUCAGCCUCUUCGUUACACGCAGGCUGAGAGACAAGCGAAAGAAGGGAAUAAACUCUGCAGUACAAAGAGCCCAGAGGGACCUGGAUCUUUAAAAUAAAGGGUUCCUUAAAUAAAACCCUUCAUGUUAGGUUGUAGAAGUAGAGCUGGAGUUAAAAGAACUUCACACGGGGUUCCUCAAGGAACAAUCUGAGGUCCUCUUAUUGUUUGAUGCAAACGUGGGAAUGAGGGGAUGAAAGGGACGUUUUUAAGUUUUAUUGUUUGAAACUGUUUUUAACUGUUUUACUUUGAGCAGACUGUAUGUUUGUAACGACACAGGGAAGCUGAUGUUUAAAGCCUUUUUAUUGUUUGAAAUAUCUAUUUCUACUCCCUGUAUAAUCUCUAUGAAAUGACUUGUUCAUCUCAGUGUUUGGAUUUAAUGCAAUACUUUUGAUAAAAAUAAAAUGUGCCCUUUUUUGUAAUUCAGUAGUCUAAUAAAACCAAAUCUAACAGUUUCCUGUUGAAUAAUGAAAUGUCAAAAGUGCUGGAGAUGAGUGGCGGACAGUUCAACCUUCAGUCAGGACGUGGACGUUUCCAUCGUCCGUUAAUGUGAAUUAACUCAGAAUUGAUACGACCUUUGACCAUUUUGUGACCAAUGUCAGUUUUGAGUGAAUUUUUGCCAACGUUUUCCAUCUUUGAACCAGUGAAGCAGAAUAUUCACUGUGUGUUUGGCUGUUUUGUGCCCCGUGUUGAUCACAGCACUACCGUCUGAAUGUCAUUUAUGCCAAGUUACAAACUGUCUGCCAUGAUGAUGAUGAUGAUGAUGAUGUGAUGAUGAAGGCGAUGGUGAUGGUGUGUUUUUGUUUUUUUUAUUAUUACCUGUUUUAGUCGAUAAGACCGGGUACUUUUUAGUGUUUAAAUUCAAACAAAACCAAUAAAUGUUCACAACGACCAG